CUCCAUUUGUUUUCUCCGGCUGAAAGGGAGGACCAACUGAAGGGUAAUGCUGGUCUUUUUCAACAGAAAACCUUAUUUUAGUUUCCUUUCUCUCAUCCUCUCUCACUUUCACUCUCACUCUCUUGCGGUUCAUAAACAAUCCGUCUUUUCUUAAAUAGGCCUCUUCUUAUUUCUUAGUUCUUGCCUCUUACUUCAUCUCGACCUCUCGAUUCCUCUCCAUUUCACAAUCUCCUUCUCAGGUCAUUCCACUCCACUCUUUCAUCUCCACCUGACUUGUCCCUGCCUACAAUCUUUGGCAAUCCCCUCCAUUGUAAUAUUGAUUAGCACUCCCUUCUGGAUAUAGAUUUUCAGUCAUGCCUUCCUUCAAAGCUUACAAUCUUGAGAAGCAGAGUGUCGAGGUACCUGGCACUCGUACUCCCGGAGCUACAGGUUAUUAUAGACAUGCUGCUUUCGCAGAUGGUAUUGUCCGUAACAUUCGUGAAGCUCCUCAACUCAAGACCUUUUACGACGUCUGGCAGAACUCCGUGACUUUGUACGCCGAUAAUGACUUUUUGGGUCAUCGUCCCUUCAACACGGUUGCUCAGACAUAUGGUGGCUAUACUUGGGAGACCUAUCGUCAGAUCAACCAGCGGGUCAGUGCCUUCGGCAGUGGUAUCAUGCACUUGAACGAGGUCAUUCUGGGUAACGAUCAAUUGAACAGAUGGUCCCUUGGUAUUUGGUCGCAUGGUCGUCCUGAAUGGUUCAUCUCGGAAAUGAGCUGCAACACCUACAACCUCGUCUCAGUUGCUUUGUAUGAUACCCUUGGUCCCGAUGCAGUCGAGUACAUUAUCAACCAUGCUGAAAUCCAGAUCGUUGUAUCGAGUGCCAACCACAUCGCUUCCAUGCUCGAGAAUGCCGACAAGUUGCCCAAACUCAAGGCUAUCAUCAGCAUGGACUCUCUCCAUGAUACCGUCCCUGUCCCUGGCGCUACCUCAGCUUCACAGGUACUCCGUGCCUGGGGUGCUCAGAAGGGCAUCAAGGUCUAUGACUUCAAUGAGAUCGAAUCCCUUGGACGGGACUUUCCUCGCAAGCAUAUUCCUCCUCAUGAAGAUGAAGUUGCUUCGCUCUGCUAUACCUCAGGCACUACCGGUCAACCUAAAGGAGCAAUGUUGACGCACAAGAACUUUGUUGCCGCCCUUGGUAGCAAUCGUGAGGGUAUGAUCCUUACUUCGGACGAUGUCCUGAUCAGUUUCCUACCUCUGGCCCAUAUUAUGGGUCGUGUCGUUGACAGCUGUGUUAUGUACGCUGGUGGCAAGAUUGGAUACUUCCGUGGAGACAUUCUUCUUCUUCUUGAGGACGUUGCUGAACUUCGUCCAACUUUCUUCCCAGCUGUUCCUCGCCUGUUGAAUCGUAUAUAUGCAAAGUUGGUUGCGUCAACAAUUGAGGCCCCUGGUUUGGUUGGAGCUUUGGCACGUCGCGGAGUCGCAGCCAAGAUGGCAAACUUGGCUGCCGGUAAGGGUGUUCAUCACGCCUUAUGGGACAGAUUGUUGUUCAACAAGGUCAAGAUGGCUUUGGGAGGAAGAGUCCAAGUGAUUCUAACUGGAUCAGCUCCUAUUGCCAAGGAGGUCCUCAGCUUCUUGCGUAUUGCCUUUGGAUGCGUUGUUUUGGAAGGAUAUGGAUCAACUGAGGGCAUGGCCACUGCCACUAUUACCAUGGCCGAUGAAUACAUUCCUGGCCACAUUGGCUGCCCUCGCGCUGGCUGUGAGAUCAGGUUGGUGGAUGUACCAGAAAUGAACUAUCACUCCACUGAUCAGCCCUAUCCUCGUGGAGAAAUUUGUAUCCGUGGUGACGCCGUUUUCAAGGGUUACUAUAAGGAUGAGAAGAACACCAAAGAGACGAUCGACUCUGAGGGCUGGCUCGCAACAGGUGAUAUUGGCUUUGUCGAUAACCGUGGAUGCUUCACCAUCAUUGAUCGCAAGAAGAACAUUUUCAAGUUGGCCCAAGGUGAAUAUAUUGCGCCUGAAAAGAUCGAGAAUGUUCUUGGGGCUCGUUGCAACCUCGUCCAGCAGAUCUAUGUUCACGGUGACUCAUUGGAGUCAACCCUUGUCUCUGUGGUUAUUCCAGAGCCAGAGACCUUCGUACCAUUUGCUAACUCUAUUGCAGGCACCAGUGUCAUCCUGGGAGAUCUUGAGGGUAUUAGCAAGUUGUGCAAGGAUCCCAAGAUCCGAGCUGCUGUCACUAAAGAGUUGGAAAAGGCUGGAAAGGCAGGUGCAUUGCGUGGAUUUGAAUUUGUGAAGCGUGUACACCUUAGCACAGAUGCGUUCUCAGUCGACAAUGGAAUGAUGACACCUACAUUCAAGGUUCGUCGUCCCCAGGUCGCAGAGUACUUCAAGGAACACAUCAAAGCCAUGUAUGAAGAUAUUCAUAACUCGACACCUGCUGCCAAGUUGUAGAUGUAAAUGUUAAAUAAUAUAAAAAAUAAAUAAAUAUAAUCC